CGAUGAGAUCAAUUUCCGAAUGCCACUCUAUCAGGUCAUCCAAUGCUAUGCAGACGCAUGUAAGAUGUUUCAAGUGCAACAGGCCAAAAAGGUCCAAAAAUGGACCUGCGCGGUCUGCGGCGCCAAACAAGGCCUCAAGCAUGUAUUUUUUGAGUCAACGGCAGGUUCUGAUUGUCGCAAAGCGGUACAAGAGCUCAACAUGCGCAGAGUAGCGCGCGAACAGAAGAUCCAACAACAAGAGGUGGAGGGUGCAUGGGAACGACAUUCCGAUCAGCAGGAGGGAUAUGGAUGUGGUACAUACGAGCGCCGAGGUUGUCUGAAACAAAAACCUCAGAGCCCUCAAAAGAAGUGGAGUCUGUACUUGGAUUCAGAUGAGGUAGCCAACGACGCAGAAGAUUUUGUCGACAGGAAGGUGAAAGAGAAAACUUCGCACGGCCGAAAGAGAAAGUCUGUGAAUGAUGCUUAUGAUACUCUUGCUAUGGAAUCUGUCCCUCGGAUGCACCAUGCCAAGAGCGAUGCCACUUCGGAAGAUCUCACGCCAAAAUCUACCUUUUCUAUUGCUCCCUGGAAGAGUCGAGCAUUUUCAAAACUGGGAAGAUCGUCAGAGCAGUUGCAUAGAAAUCCUAUUGAUGGCAUGAAAGAAUGCAAUGCAGCUCCAAGGACGUCAAUACCUGUUCUUCAAGCCGACAGAUCCCUCCGUCCUGAAAGCCAGCCAUCUACUAAUACGCCCCCAAUCUCUACCUCCACAUUACGCCAACCCAUCACACACAUACCACUUCAGCCAAACCGAUUCUCUCAGUCCUCUGCCGCUAAACCAUCAAAACCCUAUACUCCUCCAAUCAAAUCAGCUUGGUCUGCCUUCGUGGACGAAAAUGAGGAAGAUGACGACGAUUUUGCAGAUAGUGACGACUUGGAAUCGGUUACACAGGUCCAGCAAUUGGUUGAACCUGUGCCCGCAUCUGUUACCAGAUCUGUAGAGGUUCCGUGCAGUGGGCAAACUACGUUCAGUGCGGGAACACGUCUCUUUACUCUUUCAAAACGUGCCCGACAAAGAUAGAAGCCGGGUCUCUCAUGUGUAUAUUGGAUUUUGCUGUGAAUAUUUCUCUCUGACUUCGGCUCUCUAUAUAUAUAUCUGUCUGUAUAUCAAGGUCUACAUACAAUCUACAAAAAAUCAUGCUAUUUAAAUGCUUUACCCAG